CUACUUGCAGCUUAACAGCCUAAGUUGGUCGAGAGCCACCAGUUUUUGAAAGCUCUAAAAUCAUUCAGCUGAAACGACCCAAUCAUGCCGGUAACGUUUUUUUGCUUAGGCUCCGCCAGGUGCUUCUCCUUUUGGUUUCCAGCCGCUCUACAUCAAGCUGAGAUGGAAAUAGCCGUGAGUCCGACUAUCAGCUCCCUCUCUCCGUCGUCGUUUUCUUCUCCGCGGGCUAUCAAGUUACGGCGUGCUAGGGUUUCUUCGAGUCCAAGCAAUUUGUGCCAGAAGGUACAGCUAAUGCAGCAACGGCAGUUAGGAGAUAGAAACCUUGAGGAAGCUGAGAUUGCUGCAACUAUCGGUGCAUGCAGAUGUUACAGAAUACCUGAUUUUUCUCAGAAGGUACUCUUUGAUAUGAAAUCUCUGGGCAUCCGACCUGGAGUUGCUACCCUGUCAGCUCUUUUGCUUUAUUGCAUGGAGAGUAGACUUAUCGAUGAAGCCGAGGCGUUGUGGUGUGAGAUAAUAAAUAGCUCAAUUGUGUCAGGCGUCGGGGUUGCUUCGUGUUUAGUAGACGCCUAUGUGAGAACCAGAGAGUUUGGGGAAGUUAUGAGGAUUCUAGAUGAAGCGGCCUCUAUAGGUUUCAGUUUUGCUUCUCAGCUUUAUUCUGCAGCUGUGAAUUGUUUUGGGAGGGCUGGGCAGUUGGAUAUGAUGAAGGCAGUUGUCAAGGACAUGGUUUCUAGAGGCUUUAAGGUUGAUUCUGUCACUGGAAAUGACUUUCUCAAGUACUAUAGCAUGUAUGGCCCCCUUAUAGAGAUGGAAGCUGCAUAUGAACAGUUGAAGAAAUCGAGAAUUCUUAUAGAGAAAGAAGCAAUCAGAGCAAUGGCAUUGGCUUAUAUAAGCCGAAGGAAGUUCUAUGACCUUGGUGAAUUUUUAAAGGAUGUUGGACUUGGUAGGAGGAACACUGGGAACCUUCUCUGGAACCAGCUAUUGCUCUCGUUUGCUGCCAAUUUCAAAAUGAAAAGCCUCCAAAGAGAAUUUUUGGCAAUGAUUGAGGCUGGAUUCUCUCCUGAUAUCACGACAUUUAACAUAAGGGCACUGGCAUUUUCUAGAAUGGGCUUGUUUUGGGAUCUCCAUUUGAGUGUUGAGCACAUGAAAUCCAAAGGUGUAGUCCCUGAUCUUGUGACGUAUGGUUGUGUUGUGGAUGCCUACAUGGAUAGAAGGCUUGGGAGGAACUUGUCUUUUGUUUUAGACAAAAUGAAUGUAGAUAGUUCUCCUGUGAUUUUGACUGAUCCAUUAGUUUUUGAGGCCUUUGGGAAAGGAGAUUUUCACUCUAGUUCACUGAGCCAGCGCCGCGAUUUGAUCAACAAGCGAUUUAAUAUCGGUAAGAUACUGAGUCAUCGUAGAGGUUUUCUUGGAGAUGUUGUGAAGCUCAUUUUUGAGCUGUAUCAUUUUGGAGCGAUUUGUGGAUUGGAAGCGAGUUUCGAGUGCUGA